CCGCCCGCACCGCGCUCGCCCCCACCGCCGCCCCCUCGCCGGGGCCGGGGGGCACUCUUCCCCCGCUCCGUUUAAUUGCCCGGGGCGGGGGCGAAGGAUAUAAAGGCAAAUUCGGGAGGGAAACGGAGAGACUGGAAAACCGCUUUCCCCGAGCGCUCCUCCCGAGAAGCCGGGCGGGCGCUUUUGUCUCGGCGGUUCUGCCCGAGCCUGGGGAAGACGCGGACCUGAGCCCGGGUUUUCUCCAGAAAGUUUCAAGUGCAGCAAAAACACGCCGCAAAACUGGCCAAGGAGGGACCUCUGCUGUACAUGCAUCAUGAAUGAAUCUGCAUCUAGUGGAAAUGGUCAGGAGUUUGAUGUAUUUAGUGCAAUGGACUGGAAGGAUGGCAUAGGUACUUUGCCAGGAAGUGACCUAAAGUUUAGAGUCAAUGAAUUUGGGGCCCUGGAAGUAAUUACAGAUGAAACUGAGAUGGAAAGUGUUAAAAAGGCAACUGCUACCACAACCUGGAUGGUUCCAACUGCUCAAGAAGCCUUUUCAGAAAAGACAGGGAUCCCCACCAGGUUGAAGGAAACUGCAAAAGUGGAUGGACUUGUUUUCUGUGAAAACUGUUACCGCUAUGGUACCAUAGAAGAAUUUGUUCCUGAAGGGAAAUUUUGCAGCCAGAAAUGUGCCCAGCAAGUAAAAAACAAAGAACCAAAGGAGGAAAAUCCCAGCAUGGAAUGCAAUGGGGAAGAUGAUUCUAAAGGCAUUCGGAAAAGAAAAGCAAAAGUACCUCUCAGAGAAGAGCCCCGGGAUAACGGGGAGAAGAAGGAGAAUCCAGAUGAAAUUGAGGACAAACCUGAAGGAAGGAUCUUGAGAGUCUCUCAGAGAGCCAGGAGGAAAAGAAAAGGGGAGAUAACAGUUUUGAAACAAACUGUACCCUCUAAAGGAAGGCAAGCAUGGUGUUGGGCAUCCUAUCUGGAGGAAGAAAAGGCCAUUGCAGUGCCUACUAAGCUUUUUAAGGAGUAUCAGUCUUUCCCAUACAACAAGAAUGGAUUCAAGGUAGGGAUGAAACUGGAGGGUGUGGAUCCUGAGCACCAGUCGAUCUACUGUGUUCUCACAGUGGCUGAGGUUUGUGGCUACAGAGUAAGACUACAUUUUGAUGGAUACCCAGAUUGUUAUGAUUUCUGGGUGAAUGCUGAUUCUUCAGACAUUCAUCCUGUUGGAUGGUGUGAAAAAACAGGUCACAAGCUUCAUCCACCUAAAGGAUAUAAGGAGGAAGAAUUCAGCUGGCCCUCCUACUUAAAGGCAUGUAAGGCUCAAGCUGCUCCUAAAUCACUGUUUGAAAACCAGAAUGCAACAGUGAUUCCAUCGGGAUUUCGAGUGGGGAUGAAGCUGGAAGCUGUAGACAAGAAGAACCCGACUUUCAUUUGUGUUGCCACGGUAACAGACAUGGUGGACAAUCGUUUUCUGGUUCAUUUUGACAACUGGGAUGAGAGUUAUGACUACUGGUGUGAGGCAGCUAGCCCACAUAUUCAUCCUGUUGGAUGGUGUAAAGAACAUAAAAGAACUCUCAUCACCCCACCAGAUUAUCCACACGCUAAACAUUUUUCUUGGGAGAAGUAUUUGGAGGAAACCAGUUCACUACCUGCACCUGCAAGGGCUUUUAAAGUGAAACCUUCUCAUGGCUUUCAGAAAAAUAUGAAACUUGAAGUGGUUGACAAGAGAAAUCCAGUAUUUAUCAGAGUAGCAACCAUUGUAGAUACAGAUGACUACAGAAUAAAAGUUCAUUUUGAUGGCUGGGAUAGUAUUUAUGAUUAUUGGACUGAUGUCGACAGCCCUGAUAUCCAUCCUGCAGGCUGGUGUACGAAAACUGGACACCCUCUUCAGCCCCCACUUAGUCCCUUGGAACUGGUGGAAGCUUUAGAGCAUGGAGGGUGUCCCACAGCAGGAUGUAAGGGAGUUGGACACAUUAAAAGAGCAAGACAUAUCGGCCAUCAUAGUGCAGUCAGCUGUCCAUAUUCAGAGAUGAACUUGAACAAAGAAAGCCUCUUGCCUGACCGAUUGAGUGGGGAGAUGCCUGCAGCCAGUCCUAUCCCCAGAAACAGAAAAGUGGAAACAAAUGAAAGAUCCACCUCUCCUGUAAUCAAUGACAGAAAAUGCCCCAGCCCUGGUCAUGUAGGUAUGAAAUCUUCACCUCACAAUCGACCAUCAGGGAAAACUGUACCAGAAACAACCAAGCUGGAUGAUGCAGAAAAUAAAUCUCCUUGCAAGAAGCCCCUGUUAUGCAACGUGAAAGAAAAGAAGGCACCUGGUGGAGUACUACAAACAAAGGAUGCCAUAAAGCACAAAGAGUGUGAAGAUGAGGAGACAGAAAAUAAGCUGCUCAUUUCAAACGAAAUCAAAGAUGUUGAAGAACCCAACACACAGAGGCUUCUCUCUCAGCCAGUUAUCGUGUCUUCUAAGCUGCAAAUCCCUGGCCUGCCCUUGCGCUGGGAACAGCAGAGCAAACUCCUUCCAAGUGUAGCUGGGAUCCCAGCCAGCAAAGUUUCUAAGUGGAGUACAGAUGAGGUCUCUGAAUUUAUACGAAGUUUACCAGGAUGUGAAGAACAUGGCAAGGUGUUUAAAGAUGAGCAAAUUGAUGGAGAAGCAUUCCUGCUAAUGACCCAAUCAGACAUAGUCAAAAUAAUGAGCAUUAAACUGGGACCAGCCCUAAAAAUCUUUAAUUCCAUUCUGAUGUUCAAAGCUGCAGAGAAAAACUCACACAAUGAACUUUGAAGAUAAUGGAAAAUGUGCACGAACCAGCUUUCUCCACUGGAGCUCAUGUUUUAUUCAAAGCACAAAGACUCACUAGAAGUGUUGAGUAAGGACUCUCAGAAAGGAAGAAACUUAAGUUCAGCACUAGUGGACUAUUUAUAUUCUCCUGGAGCCAGUACACAUCUGAAUCCUUCUGGGAAGUGUUCAAGCUUUUGAGAAGGUACUGUGUGACAACCGAGUCAGCUGGUCUUAUUUACCAAACUAAUGGCGCUACUUCUCCAUGGAUGGUUAGGAUCCCUAACUCUCUCUGGACAUCAAGAAAACCUUCAUUAAUUAUUUAUGCUGUAUUAUAUAAGGGAACGUUAAUAUUUUCUAAGGAUUCUUGAAUUGUACUUCAUUUACCCAUUUUACUUUUCAGAAGCUUUUACUUCAUUUUAUCAAAAUAAAAACUGAUCAGCCAAAAAUUAGGCUACAGGUAGCCAGAUGAGACUGUUAUGGCUAAUGUGUAUUUGUGCCAUAGUCUGAAAAUGAAACACUUAAUGUUACAUAUGUGACACUUUAUGCUACAGCAUAUUACUUUACAGAUAAUAAAACUGUCUGUUUGCUUGUAA